AUGGUAGCGAGAGGAGACCUUGGCGCGCAAAUUCCUUUAGAACAGGUUCCGUCUGAACAGCAAAGGAUAGUCCGAGUCUGCAGGCAACUGAACAAGCCCGUGAUUGUUGCAAGUCAGCUGCUUGAAUCCAUGAUAGAGUACCCCACGCCCACUAGGGCUGAGGUGGCGGAUAUCUCGGAGGCAGUUCGCCAGCGCUCGGAUGCUCUUAUGCUUUCUGGAGAGUCUGCGAUGGGUCAGUACCCGGAGAAAGCAUUGACCGUUUUGAGAAGUGUGAGCCUGAGGAUCGAGAAAUGGUGGAGGGAGGAGAAAAGGCACGAGGCCAUGGAGCUGCCGGGCAUAGCAUCUUCCUUUGCUGAUAGUAUUUCGGAAGAGAUAUGUAACUCUGCUGCUAAGAUGGCCAACAACUUGGAGGUGGAUGCUAUAUUCGUUUACACAAAGAGUGGUGACAUGGCAUCCCUCCUGUCACGCUGCCGACCCGACUGCCCGAUUUUUGCAUUUACAACGACCACGUCUGUACGUAGGCGCCUGAAUCUGCAGUGGGGCCUCAUACCUUUCCGUUUGAGCUUCUCGGAUGACAUGGAAAGCAAUCUCAACAAGACCUUUUCCCUGCUCAAGGCCCGGGGGAUGAUAAAAUCGGGAGACCUGGUUAUUUCGGUCUCUGACAUGUUGCAGUCCAUUCAAGUUACGAAUGUCCCUUGA